GCGCAUGCUCCGCCGGGCCGGGGCGCUCCCGGCCGGCGGAGGCGGCGGGAGGAAGUUACCGCUUUGCACUCCACCCCGGUAGCAGCUUCGGGGCUGGGGACAGCUUCCUCCGGACGCUCCGCGGGCUUCGCUGCCGCUGCACGGAGGUCCGACAAGAUCAUGGGGUUGCCCAAGGGGCCGGAAGGGCAGGGUCUCCCGGAGGUAGAAACAAGAGAAGAUGAAGAACAAAAUGUCAAGUUGACUGAGAUUCUGGAGCUCUUGGUUGCAGCUGGGUAUUUCAGGGCAAGAAUUAAAGGCUUGUCACCUUUUGACAAGGUGGUAGGAGGAAUGACCUGGUGCAUCACCACUUGCAACUUUGAUGUGGAUGUUGAUUUGCUCUUUCAGGAGAACUCUACAAUAGGUCAGAAAAUAGCUCUGUCAGAAAAAAUUGUGUCCGUCCUGCCAAGAAUGAAAUGUCCACACCAGCUGGAGCCCCACCAGAUCCAGGGGAUGGAUUUUAUUCACAUAUUUCCUGUUGUCCAGUGGCUGGUGAAGCGAGCUAUAGAAACGAAAGAAGAGAUGGGCGACUAUAUCCGGUCCUACUCCACAUCCCAGUUCCAGAAAGCCUACAGUCUCCCUGAGGAUGAUGACUUCAUCAAGAGAAAAGAAAAGGCCAUCAAGACAGUUGUUGACCUCUCGGAUGCCUACAAGCCCCGUCGGAAGUACAGACGCCAGCGGGGGGCCGAGGAGCUGCUGGAUGAAGAAUCACGGGUCCACACGACGCUUUUGGAAUAUGGCAGGGUCACUGAUUCCUUGAUGAGGUAUGGAUUUAGCAACCGGAGCAAAGCAGAGAAGGCCGAGGACAAGAAAAUGGCACUUCCCACAGGGCUGUUAGCUGCAGAGAAAGCCGAUGCCCACGAGGAAGAUGAGCUUCAGGCUGCUGAAGAGCAGCGUAUUCAGUCCCUGAUGACCAAGAUGACUGCCAUGGCACGUGAGGAGAACCGUCUGACCGCUAGCUCCGUGGGCCAGAUCGUGGGCCUCUGCUCUGCCGAGAUCAAGCAGAUUGUGUCUGAGUAUGCAGAGAAGCAGUCUGAGCUAUCAGCUGAAGAAAGUCUGGAAAAAUUAGGAACCUCCCAACUACAUCGUCAUAAAGUCAUUUCCUUGAACAAGCAGAUUCUGCAGAAGACCAAACAACUGGAAGAGCUGCAGGCAAGUCGUACCGACCUACAAGCCAGAUAUGAGGAAAAAAAGAAAACGCUGACAGAGCUCAAGAGUUAUGGUGAGAAACUGGACAAAGAACAGGCCGCCCUUGAGAAGGUAGAAGCCAAAGCUGAUCCAGGCAUCCUGCAGAACUUGAGAGCCCUUGUAGCCAUGAAUGAAAAUCUGAAAAGUCAGGAACAGGAGUUUAAAGCACAUUGUCGAGAGGAGAUGGCACGGCUGCAGCAGGACAUUGAAAACCUGAAGGCUGAGAGGGCUCCAGGCAGAGAUGAAAAGACCCUCUCCAGGGGAGAGCAGCACGGUGCCCUAACCCCUGCUAUGACGCACAACGAAGACCUAGACAGACGGUAUAAUAUGGAGAAAGAGAAGCUUUACAAGAUCCGUUUACUACAGGCUCGAAGAAACCGAGAAAUAGCAAUCUUGCAUCGCAGGAUUGACGAAGUGCCCAGCAGAGCCGAGCUGAUACAGUAUCAGAAGAGAUUUAUCGAACUCUACCGCCAGAUUUCAGCAGUGCACAAAGAAACCAAGCAGUUCUUCACUUUAUAUAAUACCCUGGAUGACAAAAAGGUUUAUUUGGAAAAAGAGAUCAGCCUGCUGAACUCAGUUCAUGAGAACUUCUCACAAGCCAUGGCCUCCCCUGCUUCCCGGGACCAGUUUUUACGUCAGAUGGAACAGAUCGUAGAAGGAAUUAAGCAAAGUCGAAUGAAGAUGGAGAAGAAGAAGCAAGAGAACAAAAUGAGACGAGACCAGUUGAACGACCAGUACUUGGAACUGUUAGAAAAACAGAGGCUGUACUUUAAGACUGUGAAAGAGUUCAAGGAGGAGGGCCGCAAAAAUGAGGUGCUGCUGUCCAAGGUGAAAGCCAAGGCCUCCUGAAAAUUCCCACAUGGCACCGUACGUCAUUGAUGUCUUUUUCUAAAUGCCGUGUAUCAACUACAAGAUGGUGAAAUGGCUCUGAACGCUGCAGCAAAGAUGCAGGUGUGAUGAUCUCGACACCCUGGAUAUUUCCUUUCUCCUGUUUGCUUCCAUUGUUGUCGAUGGAAUCAGAUGGUGCAACCGUCCUGGCUCGGGGAACACCCGUCCUCCGGUGAAGAGACGUGGGCAGUGUUUGUCCUCUGUGUCCAUUCGGCUCUUAUUUCUCCAGUGACAUUGCACAUAUGAAAGGUACCGUGUUUGUCUGGACUCUGAAUAAAGUGAUGUUGAUUGAGCAGCCUCUGAGGAGGCACUGAGGGAGAGAGCAGGGCGGCAUAGACCCUGCUGCCAGGCUCCCAGCGAGUGGCCCCAGAGCCUGACCACUGGGAUGUUUUUCUUCUUAGUAAACAAGGCUUUUAGCUGAAUGACCAGCCCAGGUGAGUGUUCCUCGCUCGGGCCUUUCACUCGCCCGUGGUGCCUUUUGUUCCCGUCCCCUUGGGCGCCAGCCAGCGGGCUUGAUGGUGUAGCAACUAGAAAGAAAGCUCAGCACCUGCCCUGGCUUCACCCUCUCGCUCCGCUCAAGUUCAUCUCACCAAAAA